AUGGCCAGAGAGCAUCAUCUACGCCGGCUACUUUCCAGCAUCUCAGACGACUCUGAUGAUGAAGAAGGAAGCUUGCCUCAACAUACAAGCAAAGAAAAGCCAACAGAGAAGCCCCAUGCCUUAAGGCUGCUGGUCAAGCCUUGCAGCUUUCUCUUGGUUCUGCUGACAACUUGCGUGAUUUCAUUUUGGGCUGGACUUCGUGCCCAUGACCGACAAGCGAAUGUUGAUAUUCUAUGUGCAAAACAUACGAAUCGAUGGUCUCCUCUGGUCAGAGAUGUACCCAUCAAAUACACAUAUCAAGAGUUCAACGGCUCCUUCUUAAAGGAAAACAUAUAUCGGAAUGUCGGGUCAGCGGAAGUUGACAAAGCAUGGGAGGAUCUGGGGUCUGGCUACCGAGCUGGUGUCAUAUCCUACAAGGAUGGUAUAGCAAGUGGCCUGGACCCAUCCUUUGUGCAGCGAGCGGAGAAGUACGGCGGAGGCUUCAUUGUGAAUGUCGAGGGAAUGCACCAUUUGCACUGUUUGAAUUUGGUUCGCAAAGCUCUCUAUUUCAACUACGACUACUACAAAGAACUAGGGGAGCACGCAUUCGUCAACGAAGAGUUUAUCCUACGGCUACACAUCACACACUGCCUAGAUACACUUCGUCAAGUCUUAAUGUGCAACGUAGACACAGGUGUGCUAGGACAGGUAUGGGUUGACACCAAGGAGCCGACAGCGUUCCCGGUCUUCAGCACGAAGCACGUUUGCAAAAACUACGAUGACAUACGCAAAUGGGCAGAGCUUCAACAGGCACCGCCUCCUGACAAGCUACCCAAGGAUUACCUGGCCCCUCCUAAAGCUGGAGAUGUAUUCGAAUCUACGCCUUAA